AUGCGAGAGGUCCAAGAUGAAACCCUCCAACGAAUUGGGAGACAUACAAUCACGCAUCUUCGAAUUCUCGUGUUGUUAACACGCUUCUGCUUCCACGCCGGUGAUUUCGGCGGCGCGUGGAAUAUUCUUGCUCUUGCUGCGCGUGUGGCGUUUACUCUGCGAUUGAAUUAUGAGCACGACAGACUAGAUCCUAUCGUGCAGGAAUCGCAUAGACGGCUGAUCUGGGCGAUAUAUCACCAAGAUCGGUUGUUUUCAGGCGGUAUUGCGGAUUUUCAGGUUUGUCCGGUGGAGAAGAUGCAUGUUCGUCUUCCGUGCGAUGAUCGGAGUUUUGAGAUGGGGCUUACGUCAAAAGCUGGAUUUAUGAAAGACGAUGAUAUUGAUCCAAGUGCCAAUAUGGAUACGCAUGCUUUUAAGCUUAGGCUUCUUGCGAUUCGAGAUAAAAUUUUGAGGUAUACCAAAAACGUUCGAAGACAAGGCAACAGCCCAGCCGAAAGCAGGGCCGAGAUGGAAGCACUUCAGAUUGAGCUCAACAUGUUUGAGCGAAACCUCCCAGCAGAGUUCAGGCUCACACCUCAAAGAGUAGUGAUUAUGGGCCAUUCUCGCGAAGCCAGUAUUUAUGCUGGACUGCAUUCGCUAUGGAUGAUGUGCCACUGUGACCUCUACCGCUUCUGCGUUCCCGGUAUUCGCGAGUCCGUAUCUAAAGAAGCUUUGGCCUCGACACAUCCUGACUUUGUCGAGUUCUGUCAGCGCACAUGUCUCGACUUUUCUAUCCGAUUUUGUGAAGCAUGGUCCAAUUUCUAUCACCUGGAGUCCAGCGAAUGCCUUGCCGGUGAGUUUUUGGUUAUCUCGAUCUAUCAAGUUGCACAAAUACUGCAUCAUCUGCAGCAUCUGUUGCCUGAAGAAGGCGAUCAUUGCAUCGUGUCCCUAAAAGAGAAGCUCGUUGAAGCGCUUGAAAUGGCUAGGCCUUGUGAGAGGGUGUUUACUAAAGCGGUCGGAUGUCUGAGGGAUUCUGAGCGUUUGAUUGACGCACUGGGACGGAAGUCGAUUACGCGAACUGCAUCGUCAUCAAGUCUCGACGAUGGAAUGGAAGCUAGCGGUCAAAAACAUCUGGCAUCACAACAUUCCGUCCUGGUUCACAUCUAUAACAGUCACAACCAAGAAGAAGAGUCUAUUGAGCGGCCCGCUGUAUAUCAAGCAGAUAGUUCGUUAGAAUACGCAGAAAACGAGGCAGCGAGAUAUUUGCCACCUAGCAUGAAUUUGAAUCAGUCAAAUCAUGGGAUGGAGCAACAAGAGGAAUUCGAGCAAGGGUUUUCCGAUGCCUCUCUAUGGAACCCGUUUAAUAUGGAGCUUAAUGGGUAUUAUGAUCCUGAGCUGGAUUUUCUGUUCGUAUAA